CUCACAUACGCAACGCAAAGACGAGUGCGAGAGGGACAGGAGCCACAGCGACGGCAGUAGAGAAAGAGAGAAGAAGGGUGGUAGUGGUGGUGGAGGUAGCUCCCUGUACUACUAAUGGCCCCGUAGACUCCACACCAGAGCCCGCCCAGUUUGGAACGACGAGCAAGAAGAACAAGACUAGACUAGCAUCCAUCCAAUUCUUGGCUGGCGGGGAUUGGUGGUAUCCAUGAGGUGUUGCUGCCGGACUAGAUGAGAGGAAUGCCCGUUGCUGUAGAGGGUCACGACGGGGGGAGCCUGCUGCUGCUGCAACAGCAACAACACCUACUGCACGGGAUCGCCAAGGUAAGCGCCGGCGGCGCCUUCUGGGAGGAGCCCACCUCGGUGCUCGACCACCGGCACAGCCCCAGCCCGAGCCCCCCAGCUUCCGCGCUGUCGUCCGAGGUGGCGACCCUCGCCGGCGCCAAGAACGUCUCCCCGCCGCCGCCGCCGCCGCAGGCAUGGCCCGGCGGGGAGGACGCCGGGGUUAAGGAGGAGUGGGCGCACCAGCUGGCGCCCCUCGACAUGGGCCUCGGCGCCGGCGCCGAGGCCUGGGACGCCACGCCGCACUCCGGCCUCGCCGGCCCCGACAGCACCUUCCUCCGCUGGUUCAUUGGCGGCGGCGAGGACGCCGCCGGCGUCAUGGACCCGCCCGUGCUCGAGCUCGACCACGCCGCGUCCAUCAUGUCGCCGCCCGCCGCGGCGUUCGGGCCCAGCCUCUCCUCGUUCAUGGAGGACGCCAAGCCGGCGCCUUUCGGCCACGGGCCCAGCUUCCUGACGCACCACCCGCAGCCACACGCGGCGUACUUCGGCGGCGCGCACCCGUCCUUCGAGCCGGCGGCGCCGCCCCCGAAGCGGCACCACCCGAUGGCCGCCGCCCCGGCGCCCAAGCUGCCGCCUUUCCCGGGGCCCCUCGCUCCGGCGGGCAACUUCCUGCCCGCCCUCAAGCCCAAGGCGGGGGCGGCCAACGACGAGGUGGCCGCCGUGGUGGACCAGCUCGCCGAGGCUGCCAAGCUUGCCGAGGCGGGCGACGCCUUCGGCGCACGCGAGAUAUUGGCGCGGCUCAAUUAUCGGCUCCCCGCCGCCCCCGCGGCCGGGACGCCACUCCUCCGCUCGGCCUUCUACUUCAAGGAGGCCCUGCGCCUGGCGCUCUCCCCGACCGGGGAGAGCCCCGCGCCGGCGGCCUCCACGCCCUACGACGUCGUCCUCAAGCUCGGCGCAUACAAGGCCUUCUCGGAGGUGUCCCCGGUGCUCCAGUUCGCGCACCUCACCUGCGUCCAGGCCGUGCUCGACGACCUCCGCGGCGCGGGCUGCAUCCACGUCCUCGACUUCGACAUCGGCAUGGGCGAGCAGUGGGCCUCGCUCAUGCAGGAGCUCGCGCACCGCCGCCCGGCCACCGCGCUCAAGGUCACCGCCUUCGUCUCCCCGGCCUCGCACCACCCGCUCGAGCUGCAGCUCAUCCACGAGAACCUCGCCAGCUUCGCCGCCGACCUCGGCGUCUUCUUCCAGUUCACCGUCUUCAACAUCGACACCCUCGACCCCGCGGACCUCCUCGCCCUCGCCGGUGGCGACGCCAUCGCCGUCCACCUCCCCGUCGGGGCCGCCCACUCGGCGGCAAUGCCAGCCAUCCUCCGCCUCGUCAAGCGACUCGGCGCCAAGGUCGUCGUCGCCGUCGACCGCGGAUGCGACCGCACGGAGCUCCCCUUCGCCGCGCACCUGUUCCAGGCCUUCCAGUCCACCGUCUUCCAGCUCGAGUCCCUGGACGCCGUGGGCACGGACCCCGACACGGCGAGCAAGAUCGAGCGCUUCCUCGUCCAGCCGGCCGUCGAGCAAUGCGUCGUCGGCCGCCACCGCGCGUCCGUCGACAAGGCGCCGUCGCUGCCGUGGCGGGCCGUGUUCGCGUCCGCCGGGUUCACGCCGGUGCAGGCCAGCACGUUCGCCGAGUCGCAGGCCGAGUCGUUGCUGCACAAGGUGCCCGUCCGGGGGUUCCGGGUCGAGAAGCGCGCCCCCGGCUCGCUCUGCCUCUACUGGCAGCGCGCCGAGCUCGUGUCGGUCUCGGCGUGGCGGUGCUGACCUCGCCGUCGGCCGGCUCGCCGCCCACCGUGCGUCAAAACAAGCCGAUCGUUUAGUUAGGACUGAUGAUCCUACUACCACAAGUAUGUUCCUGUUGUAAUGAUCUGAAUUGU